AUGGCCGAGUACUUCUUCAAGCUGGGCUUGCUGUGCUACCUGCAGGAGCUGAGGGAGGAAGAGCUGAAGGAGCUGCUGCAGCAGGCCUCCCUGGAGCUGAGCCUCCAGCCCAUCCCCUGGUAUGAGCUCAGGAAGGCCGACAAAGAGGACCUGGCCAGGCUGCACCACUACCCCGGGAGCACUGCCUGGGAGCUGCUGCUAAGCCUGUUCCUGCAGGUCCAGCGCAAUGACCUCUGGGCCAAGGCUCAGGCUGAGAUGCAGAGUCCAAGCGACCCCUACCGGGCCCACAUGCAGGAGAGCCUCCGCCGAGUGUGGACUGUGGACUCUCAGCUGCCCGUGCCUAACCGCUUCUACCGAGAGACCACGAAGAGCGAGUACCACACUCUGGUGGCCCUGUGCUCCGAGCCUGCCCUGCAGGAGCAGCUCGCCAUGGUGAUCCUGGGCGGCCCGGAAGGCAUGGGCAAGACCACGCUGCUGAGGAGGCUGAUGCUGGACUGGGCGGAGGGCAGCAACUGGCAGGACCGCUUUGCCUUCAUCUUCCUUGUCAACUGCUGGGACCUUAACCAGGUGCCCGAGACCAGCGUGAAGGAACUUUUGGCCCACAACUGGCCCAGCACAGCACCCCUGGAGGCCGUGCUCCAACAGCCAGAGCGAAUCCUGGGUGGUCUGGAUCUCGUCAAGUUCGAUGUGGAGGGGCAGGGCAGUGGCUUCGGGCACUGGCAGCAGCGGGCGGCGCCAGGCACGGUGCUGGGCAGCCUGCUGCAGGGUCGCGUGCUGCCGGAGGCUGUGCUGCUGGUGGCCCUGGACUGCAGGGAGGAGGACGUCCAGAAGGGCUCCUUCCAGGGCCGGAGUGCCGCCCACGUCAUGCUGAGUGGCUUCCGAGGGUCAGCGUGCAAACAGUACUUGGGCCACUUCUUCUGCAACUCCCUCCCUGGCCUACGUGGAGAGCGAGCCGGGGCUGAGGCGGCGCUACGGCACCCCGCUGGGCGCCAACGGGGAACAACGCAGAAUCUGGAGCGUCUCUGCGGCCUGGGCGCCCUGGCCGCUGAGGGUGCAUGGGCCGGCGUCUUUACCUUCGGGCCCGUGCAGCUGGCCCAGCACCGGCUGUCGGAUGCCGAGUUGCUGGAGGCCUCGCUGGGCGCGGCCUGUGGUGUCCUGGCGCGCGUUGCCGUCUUCCUGACCCGGGCCCAGGUGAUGGCUGGCCUGCGGGACUCUGCCGAGUGCCACGUGGCCCGGCGCCCCGGGAACCUGCACGAGCUGUUCAGCUGCCUGUACCAAACGCAGGACCAGGACUUUGUGGGCAAGAUGAUGGACCUGUUCCCCGACCUGACCUUGACUCUGCGCGGCACCGAGUCGCUCCUCCUCACCUCCUUCUCCCGGCAGAGUGAGUCUGUGCCUCGGACCGAGGAGGGGCCACGCGAGAGAAGGCUGUCGGCGUGGCGGGAAUUCUGCCUGGUGUUCACCAACUGUUCCAGCUUCUCCACGCUGCAACUGGACUGCUCCACACUGGAUGCAGCGUCCCUGGUGAUUCUCUAUGAAGCACUGGCUUGCCAGGCCUGCAAGCUUCAGUGGCUGGUGUGCUCGUCCAUACCUCAGCUGGGCCAGGACUCCAGCUUCUUCAAGCUCCUGCCCCACAGCCCUCGCCUGACACACCUCAGCCUCUACGGCUCCUGCCUGUCCCGGGUGGAGGUGCAGCAGCUGUGUUCCACCCUCAGGCACCCUCACUGCAGCGUCCAGGAGCUGAUGCUGGGGAAGUGCAACAUCCUGAAGGAGCACUGCAGGGAUGUGGCCUCAGUGCUCAAGACCAACAAGCACUUUAAGGUGCUGUCCAUGGUGGAGAACCCCAUCCUGGAUGAAGGUGUGAGGACCUUGUGCAUCGGCCUCAUGCACCCCAACUGUACCUUGGAGCAGCUGCUGCUGAUGAGCUGCUCCCUGUCAUCUGUCUCCUGUGACCACAUCUCCCAGGUGCUGCUGUGCAACAGGUCCCUGACCCUUCUAGACCUGAGCUCCAACCACCUGGGGGACAGCGGGGCGCUGUCUCUGUGCCAAGCCCUGUACCCGAACAGCAGCAUUCACCAGCUAUGGCUGGUGGGCUGCCACCUCAGUGCCGGCUGCUGCAGGCAGCUCUCCUCACUGUUCACUGGUGACAAGCUGAGGGCCCUGAAGCUGGGGGGGAACGUCCUGGAGGACGCAGGUGUCCAGGUUCUGUGUGCCACCCUGAAGCACCCCAACUGCAAAGUGGAGACCCUGGGGCUGGACUUGUGCCAGCUCAGUUCUGCCUGCUGCACGGACCUGGCCUCUGCCCUCACCUCCUGCCAGUCACUGCGGAGCCUGAAUCUGGAUGGCAUCAGACUGGACCCCAGUGGGACCAGUCUGUGUGCUGCCCUGAGCAAUACCAGCUGUAGCCUGCAGGUUCUGGGAUGCCGAGAGCAGCUGCUGGGCUUGCCCCCACCCAUGCUUAUCUUUGAGACAGGCAUGGGUUGCAUUGCUCCGUUGCAGCAGUGCCCUGCCUCCUGA